AUGGCGUGCGGUUUCCGCAGGUCCAUCGCCAGUCAGCUUUCCAGAGUGUUGGAUCUUCCACCAGAAAACUUGAUCAAGUCAAUAUCUGCAGUUCCAAUUUCCAGAAAAGAAGAGGUAGCUGACUUCCAGCUUUCUGUGGAUUCUCUAUUGGAAAACAACAAUGACCAUUCAAGACCAGAUAUUCAAAUUCAAGCCAUGAGACUGGCAGAGAAGCUAAAAUGUGACACAGUGGUGAGUGAAAUCAGCACUGGCCAGGGGACUGUAAAUUUCAAAAUCAACAGAGAACUGUUAACAAAGACUGUACUGCAACAGGUGAUUGAAGAUGGCUCAAAAUACGGAUUAAAAAGUGAACUUUUUUCUGGCCUCCCCCAGAGGAGGAUUGUGGUUGAAUUCAGUUCACCUAAUGUUGCCAAAAAAUUUCACGUUGGACAUUUGCGUUCUACCAUCAUAGGAAAUUUUAUAGCAAAUCUCAAAGAAGCUUUAGGACAUCAAGUAACAAGAAUAAAUUAUCUUGGAGAUUGGGGCAUGCAGUUUGGUCUUCUGGGAGCUGGCUUCCAGCUGUUUGGCUAUGAAGAAAAACUCCAGUCCAGCCCUUUACAGCAUCUCUUUGAAGUUUAUGUGCAAGUUAAUAAAGAAGCAGCGGAUGAUAAGAACGUAGCAAAAUCAGCACAUGAAUUCUUCCAGCGACUGGAGCUCGGCGACGUGCAGGCACUUGCACUGUGGCAGAAGUUUCGGGACCUGAGCAUCGAGGAGUACGUGCGGAUCUACAAGCGUCUAGGAGUACACUUUGAUGAAUAUUCAGGAGAAUCGUUUUAUCGUGAAAAAUCUCAAGAAGUCUUGAAGUUGUUGGACAGUAAAGGACUCCUGCAGAAAACACUAAAAGGCACUGCUGUAGUAGAUCUUUCAGGGAAUGGUGACCCCUCUGCACUUUGUACUGUAAUGCGAAGUGAUGGGACGUCUCUGUAUGUAACCAGAGAUCUUGCAGCUGCUAUAGAUCGAAUGGAAAAGUAUAAUUUUGAUACAAUGAUCUAUGUGACAGAUAAAGGGCAAAAAAAGCAUUUUCAGCAAGUGUUCCAAAUGCUGCAGAUCAUGGGAUAUGACUGGGCAGACAGGUGCCAGCACGUGCCCUUUGGGGUAGUGCAGGGAAUGAAAACUCGGAGAGGAGAUGUUACUUUCCUGGAAGAUGUUCUAAAUGAGAUUCGAUUGAGGAUGCUACAGAACAUGGCUUCUGUUAAGACGACCAGAGAGCUGGAGAGCCCCCAGGAGACGGCAGAGCAGGUGGGGCUCGCAGCCCUCAUCAUUCAGGACUUCAGAGGGUCCCUGCUGUCGGACUACCAGUUCAGCUGGGACCGUGUCUUCCAGAGCCGCGGGGACACGGGAGUCUUCCUGCAGUACACACACGCCCGCCUCCACAGUCUGGAAGAGACUUUUGGAUGCGGCUAUCUCAAUGACUUCAACACUGCCUGCUUACAAGAGCCGCAGUCUGUUUCCAUUCUCCAGCAUCUUCUCAGGUUCGACGAGGUGCUUUAUAGGUCAUCUCAAGACCUUCAGCCCAGGCACAUUGUCAACUACCUUCUAACUCUAAGUCACCUUGCCGCGGUGGCGCACAGGACGCUGCACGUCAGAAGCAGCCCUCCCGAGGUGGCCGGGGCCAGACUUCACCUUUUCAGAGCUGUCCGCUCAGUCCUAGCCAAUGGAAUGAAACUUCUUGGAAUAACACCUGUAUGUAGAAUGUAA